GAGUAGUAUUUAAUUACUACGUACUUGGUCCGUCCCUGAGUGUUUGUCCACUUUUGACUUUUGGAACUGUUCAUCUAAGCACUUUGACUCAUCAAAUUCUCUCAAUGUGUAAGCCUAAAAAUAGUCAUGUGUGAUCUUGUUUGAUUCGUCUUAACAUAUAGAUUAUUAAUAUAUAAUUUUUAUAAUUUUUUAAUAUACAAAUUAUAAGAUAAAAUGGAUUAAAGAAGUGUAUUGGAUGGGGUGGGGGACAAAUGGGUACACCAAAUGGUGUACUCCUGGCAUUUUUCAAACCCAAAACCUGUCAUAUUUCAAAGCCGCCCCUGGCUGAGAUGCCCGGACAUAUUCUUGGUCUUAUAUUGUUGCUAAAGCGAAAACCAAGAAUUUUGAUUGACUGCAAAUUCAAGAAAGAAGAGGAAAACCAAAGAGAGAGAGAGAGAGAGAGAGGGAGAGGAGAUAUGGAGAUGAUGCUUUAUCAGCUUGGAAGAAACUCAUACGAAGAGUCCUUGAAAGUUCUUGAAGCCGAUAUUCAACAUGCAAAUGCUCUAGCUGCUGCAAUUCCAAGACAGAAAGGCAGAUCUUGCCUUCAAAUGGAACUGGUCUACAAUCAAUUUGCCCCCGUUUUUCUUUUUUUGCUCCGUUGGAUUGAUUGUUCCUGCUCCUUUCUUCUUCUCAAGUACCUCGAUCCUAUCUACAUCCUUAUUUACAAGGUAGAUGCUGAAGGAAGACUAAAGCUAUCCAGGCACGGAAGGAAGGCAACUAUUAGCGAUUUUUACGCUGUGAUAUUGCCAACGCUCCGCCGGCUCCAUCUUGACUUGGUGGAACUAAGGACAGACGCGAAGGAUGAAAACCGUGCCCGGGAAAGCAUUGGGAAGAAAAGAUUGAGAGGGGGGUCGAAAUUUGCGGACUUUGAUAGGGAGAGGGAGGCCGAGUGUGGAAUAUGCUUAGAGCCUUGCACCAAAAUGGUCUUGCCUAAUUGCUGCCAUUCCUUGUGCAUGAAUUGCUAUCGCGAUUGGAAUACGAGAUCAGAGUCGUGCCCGUUCUGCCGCGGGAGCUUGAAGAGAGUCCAGUCGAGAGACUUGUGGGUCCUCACGUCCAGCGACGACGUGGUGGACCCCGAUGCCGUGUCCAAGGAGGACUUGCGGCGUUUCUACCUCUACAUCAAGAGCCUGCCUAAGGAUUACCCCGACGCUCUUUUCUUGAUGUACUCCGAAUAUUUAAUAUGAAGAAGAAGAAGAAGAAGAGGUAUGGUUAUAUAUAUAUAGGAAAAAAGCCCUUUGAUCUCUCUCCAUGUAAAUAGAAUCUGUUAAACAGCCCCCCUUGUUAUUGUCUGUGGUGGCGUGUACUGAAUCUUCUUUUAACUCGUAAAUGAUAUGAAAAUUUGGAGUUAUGAGACUUGCAAAUCUCUUCAAUGUCCCAACAUUUGCCUUACUUUCAUUUUGCUUGUUUGUGUCUUAAUAAAUGUACUUUAAUAAA